AUGGAAUCGCUACCGACUAGAAGCAACCGAUUCUUACUUUUCGUCUUGGUGGUCUUGACUCUGGAACAGUUUCAGUGGAUUCAGGCCCAGCACUGCGUGUGGUAUAGCGAAUGUGGAGAGUCCACCAAGGUCCCAGGGAAGAAGUACAACUGCAACUACACCGGUCCUCCGAUCCCACUGGCUGCUGAGGGUCAUGAACUUCUCACGGAGUUGUGCCCAGGCUAUAACUAUGGUGAUCAAAGGCUCUGCUGCAAUGUAGACCAGCUACGCACACUGAAAGGAAGUCUGCAGCUGCCCCUUCAGUUCCUCUCUCGGUGCCCUGCCUGUUUCUUCAAUUUGAUGAACCUGUUCUGUGAGCUGACUUGUAGUCCUCACCAAAGCCAGUUUAUGAUUGCCACCAAUGUCACCCUAGACACAGAACAAGCAGGCAAAUUCAAUGUGGAGGCAGUGGACUACUACAUUGGACAAACGUUUGCAAACGCCAUGUACAACGCUUGUAAGGACGUCCAGGCACCCUCUAGCAACGUGAAGGCCUUGUCACUGUUGUGUGGCAAAGAUGCAAAAGACUGUAAUGCCACUAACUGGAUCCAGUACAUGUUUGACAUCAACAAUGGCCAGAGUCCCUUCCCCAUUAACCCUAUAUUCUCCGACGUUCCAGUGUCGGGCUUCAUUCCCAUGAACAACAAGACAUAUGACUGCUCAGAGGGCCUGGAGGAUGGCUCAGGGCCCUGCUCCUGUCAGGACUGCACCAAGGCCUGUGGCCCCAAGCCGGUCCCUCCGCCCCUCCCCCCACCCUGGAAAAUCUUCGGCAUUGACGCCAUGGUUAUCAUCAUGUGGAUUUCCUACAUGGCAUUCCUGUUUGUCUUCAUUGGAGCUGUGCUGGGAGCCUGGUGUUACAGGAAAAGGACAAUCAUGUCCGAGUAUGUCCCCAUAUUGGACAGCAAUAACCCUCUCUCUGUGAACAAUAGUCAAGACCAAGCAGACGCAUCAUGCUGUGAAACACUGGGUGAGCGCUUCGAAAACAUGAUGCGGAUCCUCUUUACCGCCUGGGGAUCCUUCUGCGUGAGGCAGCCCCUGGUAGUAAUACUGGGCACCCUAAUCGUGGUGGCAGCCUCCUCGGCAGGCCUGGUCUACAUGCGCAUCACCACCAACCCCGUCGAGCUGUGGUCGUCACCGGUCAGCCAGGCACGCCAGGAGAAAGACUACUUUGACACCCACUUCGGGCCCUUCUUCAGAACUGAACAGCUCAUCAUCACCACCCCCCUCAAUGAUACCUUCCUCUACUCGCCUUACUUCGGAGGGUCCGACGUCCCUUUCAGUGCCAUUCUUGACAAAGACAUCCUGCACCAGGUGUUGGAUCUGCAGCUGGACAUCGAGGGUCUUGUUGCAACAUAUAAAGGUGAAAACGUGACACUGAAGGAUAUUUGCCUGGCUCCUCUGGCCCCCUACAAUGACAACUGCACCAUCCUCAGUGUCCUCAACUACUUCCAGAACAGCCAUGCUAAGCUGGACCGCAGCAUAGGAGAUGACUUCUUUGUCUAUGCUGACUUUCACAGCCACUUCCUCUACUGUGUCAGUGCUCCGGCAUCCCUCAAUGAUACUACUCUUCUCCAUGAGCCCUGUAUUGGCACUUACGGAGGCCCUGUCUUCCCCUGGCUGGCCCUUGGAGGUUAUGACAGCACAAACUACAAUAAUGCCACGGCUCUAGUGAUCACGUUCCCCGUCAACAACUACCUCAAUGACUCAGUCAAGCUGGCCAAAGCUCUGGCAUGGGAGAAAGAGUUCAUCCGCUUUAUGAAGAGUUACCACAACCCAAACCUGACCAUAGCUUUUAAUACCGAGAGGAGCAUCGAAGAUGAGAUUGACAGGGAGAGCAACAGCGAUAUCAACACCAUAGUAGUCAGCUAUGUCAUUAUGUUUGUCUACAUCUCCCUGGCUCUGGGUCACAUCCAGAGCUUCAGGCGACUGCUGGUGGAUUCCAAGAUCUCUCUGGGUAUAGCGGGCAUCCUGAUUGUGCUGGGCUCUGUGGCCUGUUCCCUUGGGAUCUUCAGCUAUGCCGGCGUCCCGCUCACCCUCAUCGUCAUUGAGGUCAUCCCAUUCCUGGUGUUGGCUGUGGGAGUGGACAACAUCUUCAUUAUCGUGCAGACAUACCAGAGGGAUGAGCGGAUGCAACAUGAGGAGCUGCAUCAGCAGAUUGGCCGUAUCCUCGGUGAUGUCGCUCCCAGUAUGUUUCUGUCUUCCCUGUCCGAGACCGUGGCCUUCUUUCUUGGAGCCCUUUCCAACAUGCCAGCGGUGAGAACCUUCUCUCUGUUUGCUGGUUUGGCAGUCUUUAUUGACUUCCUGUUGCAGAUCAGCUGCUUCGUCAGCCUGCUUGGCCUGGAUGCCAAAAGACAGGAGGGGAAUCGUUUGGACAUCAUAUGCUGUGUGAAGCUGUCAGAGGGUCAGGAGGCGAAGACUGAGGGUUUCCUCUUCCACUGCUUCAAGAAGGUCUAUGCCCCCUUCAUUCUCAAAGAGUGGAUGCGACCCAUAGUAGUGGCAGUGUUUGUGGGGAUGCUCUCCUUCAGUAUUGCAGUGGUGAAUAAAGUAGAUAUUGGACUGGACCAGAAACUCUCCAUGCCUGAUGACUCCUAUGUACUGGAGUACUUCAAAAACAUCAGCAUGUACCUCCACACUGGACCCCCGGUGUACUUUGUGGUAGAAGAUGGACUGAACUACACCAGCCUUGAAGGCCAAAAUGCUGUGUGCGGUGGAGUGGGCUGCAACAACAACUCUCUGGUCCAGCAGGUCUACUCUGCCUCACUUAUCAGCAACUACACCACCAUCGCUGUCACACCAUCCUCUUGGAUAGAUGACUACUUUGACUGGGUGAAGCCCCAGUCCAGCUGCUGUCGUUAUUACAACACUACCAAGGCCUUCUGCAAUGCCUCUGUGGUGAAUCCCUCCUGUGUACUCUGUCGACCUAUGACUGCUAGUGGAAAGCAGAGACCUGAAGGAGAAGACUUCAUGGAGUUUUUACCCAUGUUCCUCUCAGACAACCCCAACAUUAAGUGUGGAAAAGGUGGCCAUGCCGCCUACAGCACAGCCGUGGCCUUGUAUCCCAAUGACACAUGGGUCGGGGCAACCUAUUUCAUGACUUACCACAGCAUCCUAAAGGAGUCCCCAGACUUCAUAAAGGCCCUUAAAAUGGCCCGAAUCCUGGCUGACAAUAUCACGCAGUCUGUGGGCCACAAAGUUUUCCCCUACAGCGUAUUCUAUGUGUUCUACGAGCAGUAUCUGACCAUUGCCUAUGACACGGCUCUAAACCUGAGUGUGUCACUGGCAGCCAUAUUUGUAGUGACCACCGUGUUACUGGGUUUUGAGCUGUGGUCAGCUGUUCUCGUCAGCGUUACCAUCGCCAUGAUCCUGGUCAACAUGUUUGGUGUCAUGUGGUUGUGGAACAUCAGUCUCAAUGCUGUGUCCCUGGUGAACCUGGUCAUGAGCUGUGGUAUCUCCGUUGAGUUCUGCAGUCACAUUGUGCGAGCCUUCUCCGUCAGUGUGAAGAGCACCAGAGUGGAGCGGGCCGAGGAAGCCCUUGCCCACAUGGGCAGCUCAGUGUUCAGUGGGAUAACGCUGACAAAGUUUGGGGGCAUCCUGAUUCUGGCCCUGUCGAAGUCCCAGAUCUUCCAGAUCUUCUACUUCCGCAUGUACCUGGCCAUAGUGCUGCUGGGGGCCACACAUGGCCUCAUCUUCCUCCCUGUGCUGCUCAGCUAUAUAGGUCCCUCGGUGAACAAAGCUAAGGCGCUUGCAGCCAACAAGCGCUACGUCGGUACAGAAAGGGAGUGCCUCCUCAAGUACUAGCAAGCUGGUUGAGUCGAUGAACAAUGAAAUAACCAAUUUAUUUGUCCGGAAGAGACUGUGUGGAUGUGACACAGGCAGUGUCCGUCUUUACUGACAAACUCAUCGUUGCCACUACUAUGCAUGGAUUCUAACUCAGGAAUACUUCAUGGGAGUAGGAGUGCCAGAGGCCUUGACCAGAUCUCGUAUGUCUUAUGUUCAUCUGUAGAUUUUGGACCCCUUCCUUCCUUGUUCUACAGGCCAAUUCUGAUUUCUGUCUGUUGCGUGGGAGCACUGUGUGCUGCAAAACUGAGAAAUGAAUCAUGAGCGAUGUGGAAUUGGGAAGAAUGUCAUCCUCAGCAUGAGUUUACGGACAAAUUAUGACUCAAAACUGUUUUCAUAUAGGAAACUUAAAAGGGUAAUAUUUGUUGGUAUUUUUUAGUAUACUGUAUGUGUGUGUGUGUGUGUGUGUAUAUAUUAUAUAUAAUCAAUAUAUACACACACACCGGCAAAGAUAGAAUGUGUAAAGGAAAAUGAUUUUGCAAACGUUUACUAAUAUGGCAGUCUUGUAGAACUAUUUGAUACCAUAAAUCAACUCACUGCACCACCGUGUAUACUGUCAUGUGACUAACAGAUGAUAAUGACACUAAUAUAAGUAUACAAAUAUAGCCAAAUGCGGCAAUGAAUGGGGUCCAAGCACAAUAAUGUGUACCAAAUCUGGUAGCGUUUUAAUCUAAAAAUAUGCGUAGCUGGAAUUAGUGUUCCCAUUUAUAGAAAAAAUAGUGACAAACUUCCAGAUUGACUAUAUAUGUUGCAGUGAAGUAAAGUUUUUACACUUAUGGGCUUGUGUGUUUUGAAAGGGCAAAAGGCUGAUUUUUGAGUACCUGUGCAGAAAUGGUCGGUUACACUUUUAGAGGUGUAAUAAGGUGGUAAUUAUCACGUAAUUUCUUAGAAAUAAGGUUGAAAAUUACUUUGUAAUUUGGGUUCAGUUAGGGUUAGUGUUGGCUGUAGAAUUAUAAAAACUACCACCUUAUUACUAGGAAAUUGCAAGGUAAUUUCAACCUUAUUUUUAAGAAAUUACGUGAUAAUUACCACCUUAUUACUAGGUAAUUUCCGACCCCCUAAAAUAAAGUGUUACCAAAUUGUUGUUAAUAAGCCACAUCUGAUUUCAUCAAGCAUGACCAAAAUUUGUAAGUCAAAUGAUGUUGAAGCAUAUGAGCAAGAUCCUAUAAAAAAAACAAAAAAACAAUUGUGGUCAGUUACAAGAUACAGACGCUGUUGUGGACCAUAUGAAGACAGACAGACAUGUGCUUCGUAUUUAGGUUUGAUUGAUGAAUGGUAAUUGAGUUAUUGCCAGUCUUGUGUUGGGCAGUGCUCAGUUGAUCAGUUAUCUGUGGACAACUGUUCUGGAGGAUGGUCCCAAGAUGGGCCACACCAUGUUAUGUUUUGAUGAAUGGCCUAGAAGAAGUGGGAAAAACAACGUUUUGGGUUUUUUUUAGGAUUAAGGUUCAAAUUGGCUGAAAGUGAUAAAUUGUUGGACUCGACGUGUUCCAAAGAAUUGGGGGGCAUAAGCAUUUCCACGAGACAAAUGGGUGAAGGAGUUACCGACCAAAAUGUAACACAGCUUAUUAUAGCGCCGCCAUGUGGCCAAUCAAUGUAGUUUUCUAAGUAUAGGCUUAGACCUGUCAGCCCACAUUGGCUGCUGUAGCUCGUACAGUUUCUGAGAUCCACGUGGUUUUUAGGGCAGAAGGAGAAAAAGAAGAAUCCCAAGAGGGUCCCUUAAAAAUAGCUGCAUGUAGCAAUGGGCCAUAUAUCACUAUAGUAUUUAUUUUUCUAUUUGCUGCUCAACGCUCUACAAUACUUGUGAGAAAUGGCCGCUCGUAUACCUGAGGGGCCAUUUGUAUUUUUGCCAUGACAAUUAUUCUCUUUGUUUUUGGCAAACUUGAGUUCAGGCCAAUGAGAUGGAUGACCAAGUCUGACACCCAUUUGGCCUCACGGUUCCUUAGAGGAAGUCUGCUGAAGGGUUGUCAGUUAAUCCUAAAUGGUGGUGCAAUGUGGCGGUGUUGAGGGUUUGAAUUUGAGACCUUAACUUUGUGACGCUCCCAUCCCACCACACACACACACACACACACACCUCAUGGGAAACAUGUUCUCAUCUUUUUUCACAGCGCACACAUGGACUAAUGGCUUUUUGCUCGUGUUGGACCGUGUCAGCAGUGCGUGGUCAUGUUUAAAGUGAAUUGUCGGCAUAUUGGCGAGGACCUUGAAUAUAUGACACAUCUCUUGACAUAUAAUGUAUCCAGCUUUCAGCCGGUCAGUUAGCCAUGUGAUGACCACCUGUUACCUGUUCAGAUGUUAACUGGACGUGCAGUUUAUGGGAAGUUGUUGAAGAGGUCAUCUUGAGAUUUUGGAUGGGAAAAUUGCAGUCAAAUGUGAAAUGGUUGCAUUUACUCUUAAUUGAAAGCCGUCGUCUUCUCUUGUCGGCUGCAUAGUCACGUCCUUGAUAGCUUUGACAAGUUUCACAUCAGCCGGCCUUGCCGAGUCGAAAUGACAGCAGUUUAAGUAUUUCAAACAUUAGUUCUGUAUUGUGUCUGUUAAAUAUGUCCACUGGUUUCUGCGUGUCGCUGUUAAUACUUGUGUUAAUUUUUUUUUUUGUCUUUUCUUAGCUUUUGGGAAAAAGUGCAGCAACCAAGCAAACAUGAAACCUUCCACGUGUGUCCACGUGCAUGUAUGAUAAGCUGCGGGUAUGGCCCCAUGUCUCCCAGCUGCUUGGAAGAUUCAGUUUUGCUUUGUUUUGGUUUUGUUUAAGCUGUCACAACGCACAGGGAACAGUCUCUCUGCGAGGUGUUUGAGGAAAAUGAUUAAACAAUUAAAAUGA